AUGGUUCGUCUCAUGUCAGUGACCCUACUCUUCUCAGUAGUAUGUGGUAUAGGAUCACAUAUUCCUCAUCGCUAUCAUUUGGUGAAUGAGAAUAAAACCUGGAGUGAAGCUCAGACUUAUUGCAGACAGAAAUACACUGAUCUCGCCACCAUCAACAACAUGGAAGAGAUGAAGAAGCUGAAUCACACACUGAAGACGGAAACUGCAAAGCAAGCUUGGAUCGGUCUACAGAGAGAGGGCACUGGGGAAUGGCAGUGGUCUCUGGCAGACCAAACUUUCUACAGAGACGGAGACACUUACAGAAACUGGAGGAGUGGAGAACCAAACAAUUGCAAGAAAAAUGAGUUCUGUGUUGAACUCAUUACAAACAAUGGCUCGUGGAAUGAUGAGCAGUGCAAUGAGAAAAGACCUUUUGUGUGUUAUGAAGAAAAUGACACAAACACUAAUAGAUACAAAUUGAUUAAUGAGACAAAGACCUGGUAUGAUGCUCAGACCUACUGCAGAGAGAAAUACACCGAUCUGGUCAGUGUGAGGAACCAAACUGAGAAUGAGGAGAUCUGGAGAGUGAGUCAAAAUUCAACUAAUGAAGAUGUUUGGAUUGGUCUGUUUAAUAACUCCUGGAAGUGGUCAGAUCAGAGUAAUUCCUCAUUCAGAUACUGGAGCUCUAACAAACCCAGUGGACAUUUGAACUGUACUGCAGUGUCUGUGUCUGAGCAACACUACUGGAGUGAUAUGAACUGCACAGAAAAGCUCCCAUUCAUCUGCCAUGAGAAUAAGCUGAUCCUGAUUAAGGAGAAUCUGACCUGGAAAGAAGCUCUGAGAUACUGCAGGAACCAUCAUUACGACCUGGUCUCAGUGCGCACUGAGGAGAUGCAGCUCUGGGUGAAGGAGGUGGUUCAAAACGCCUCCACUGAACACGUGUGGCUCGGCCUGCGUCACGACUGUGCCCAGCGUAUCUGGUUCUGGGUUUUUGGAUCAAUGCUCUGCUAUCAGGACUGGGCCCUGGGGUAUGGGACCUGGAAUGAAGACUGUAGCCAUGUGAAGAGAAGCGGAGCAGUGCAGUCUGGAGGAGAGCAGCAGUGGAUCGACCUGCCUGAGAGCUACAAACUCAAUUUCAUCUGCUCUACCUAUGACGGUUAG